AUGUGGAAGAGAACUGAUCCUCAAGCCAAGAUCAAAGCAGGGGAUAGGCCUCAGACUUGCCAUUCUCUGGCUCUGGGACCGGCCACAGAGUCGGCACUGCCACACCCGCUAGAACUGUCAGAUUUUCAGAGCUUCUCGGUGUUUGAGGACAUUAGCCACCACAUCAAAGAUGUGGGAGCCCAACUGGUAAAGAAAGUGAAUGCCAUCUUUCAGCUGGACAUCACCAAAGACGGGAAGACUAUUCUGCAGUGGACCAUUGACCUCAAGAAUGGUUCCGGCGACACCUAUCUGGGAUCUGCACGGCUUCCGGCAGACACUGUCUUCAUCAUCCCUGACUCUGUCUUCAUGGAGUUAAUUGUGGGUAAGAUGAACCCACAGAAGGCUUUCCUGGCUGGCAAGUUCAAAGUGAAAGGCAAAGUUCUCCUCAGCCAGAAGCUAGAGAGGAUCUUCAGAGACUGGGCUAAAUUUUAA